AUGACUAGAGCUUUGAUAGGGCAAGAGAUACAAAAUGGAUUUGUUAGAGGUGCUGCAGUUGGUGCCAUAUCUGGUGCUGUUUUCUCUCUUGAAAUAUUUGCGAAGAGAGUGGAGAAGAGAAGGGGUAAGAGGAAGGAGAUGUCACCAAAAGAUGCAGCUUUAGCUAUUCAAAUGAGUUUCAGGGCUUACAUAAUAAGGAGGUCACAAGCACUGCGUGCUCUGAGGGAACUGGCCAUUUUCAAAACUAAGUUGAAGGAGCUAAGGGCUCUCUUCAACAAUUUCACUUACUGAUGACAUAUUGCCUGUGAUGCUGAGGAGCGACAGAGGUUCUCUGAGAAGAUUAUUGUGUUACUGCUCACUGUUGAUGCCAUUGAGGGUGCGGAUAUGAUGGUCCGAGCUGCGAAGAAGUAUAUGGUAGACAAGUUAGAAGCAAUGUGUAAUAUACCCCAAAAAUCCAGACCAAUGUUAGCAUCAUGUUUCAAGUUCAUGCAUAGUGUAUUAUCGUUCUUUGUUAGUUUUAUGAGUUAGUUUGAGGUAUAUUAA